AUGUUAGCGGUAUUUACGAAGACUUUUGGCUCUGACAGUUGUGAAGUAAGUCUUUCUGAUGCAUCCAAGAAGACCAACGGUCUUGUUCUUAUUAAGGACCUUACUGACUCUGCUGCUUACUGUCUAAUUCCCGGUCAUUACUAUGUUAGUUGUAAGGGCCCAGCAGAAGUGCUUAUUGUUCAUGGUCAGAAUAAUAAUAAAAUCGUGGACUUAAGGAAUGCUCCUUAUGGUGAGGUCGUAAGCUUAGAUAACGGAGCUUCCUCUAUUCCCAUGCCAGAUUUUGAUAAGAACACCCCAAUUAAUGGACAGAGUGCUUAUCCCCAAGAUGGGACAGAUGAAUCGUCUGACUUUACUUGUGAUCAGGCUGGAUAUCUCAACUAUUUAAAUCAUUGGCCUGAGAGUCAGAAGUGUACUUCGCGUGAUGUUACUACUGUUGAAUUCCAGAAGCGUUUGGAGUACUUCAUUGAGUCUUGUGAGAAGAUUCACGAGUGGAAUCUUCGUGAUAAGUACAAGAUGGAGUUUACUUUCUAUGCUGAUUGGCACCCUGAAGAAUUCGAGGAGCUGACUGUCACUACUCAGCGUUAUUCUGGAGUGAAGAAUCCUGUACCAUCGACUACCCCUGUGCUUAACAAUUCUAACUGGAGAUAUCUGAUGCCCUCUUCUGAUCCUUGUGAUGAUGUGCUUGACAGCGGAGCUGAAAACACUCUCCGUGCGACCAUUUGCAAACCCCAGAACUGCUCGGUGUCUUGGGCCUUUGCUGUUACCAACUCUAUUGAGUAUGCCAUUAAGAAGUUGUAUUUGGAUACAUAUGAUCAGAUUGUGGAAGUUGCUCUUUCUGCUCAGGAGUUGAUUGAUUGUGUUGGAAAGGAUCACGGUAUUGAGGGUAGUGUUUGCAGUGGUAUGCCUAUUAUUUGGGGUUUCGAUUAUGUAUUUGAUAACGGAAUUGCCUACCGUCGUUAUUAUCCUCACACUAAUGUUGAAGCUUCGCAAUGUCAAAUUUUUGACGAGGAUAAAAAGUAUUUCAUUGCUGGUUACGAGAAGCCUCAUGUGUACAACAAACUUGGACUUUUUGAUUUGAUGAUGAAGGGUCCUACAGCCGUUUCUUUAGGCCUGGACCCUGAGUACUUCCAGUACUAUCGCAAUGAUCGUGCUGAAGGUCCUUUCUUCACCAAUGCUUACUGGAGACCUUCUGUGUAUGGUGUAGUCGUGGAGUAUAUGCAGUAUGCUGUGGAAGGAGUUGCCGACUAUGCUGAGUGGCCCUAUUUUGCUGUUGAGUCGAGACUGCGUGCUUGCGACUCGUUCGUGUAUCGUCUUCCUAUCCGUGAAACUACGUCGGAUGCGAACAUUGCUGGUAUUGCUGGAUUUGCUAUCCGUCCUAUUGUAACUGCUAUCCUUCCCACUCCUGAGCCUCCCACCGUUCCUCCCACUAUUAUUCCUACUACUCCUGCUCCUACUACUCUUCCUCCUACUACUUUGCCUCCUACUGAGGCUCCUACCACUUUGCCUCCUACUACUCUUCCUCCUACUGAGGCUCCUACGACUUUGCCUCCCACUACUCUUCCUCCUACUGAGGCUCCUACUACUCUUCCUCCUACCGAGGCUCCCACUACUUUGCCUCCCACUACUCUUCCUCCUACUGAGGCUCCUACCACUCCUGCUCCCACGACUUUACCUCCUACUGAGGGUCCUACCACUUUGCCUCCUAUUGAAUGUGGCGAGAGACAGUUCGCGGUUACGGUUACCCGUACUUGUGGAAAGUUUGGAUCUGAAGAAUCGGUCAGCAUUUAUGAAGGAACUAUUUUAUCUGGUAAUCCCGUUUAUCAGGAAACUACUUGUACUGCUGGUACCUUCUAUUUCUGCAUGAGACCUAUGCAGCAUACGAUUGUGUUGACGGAUAGCGCUCGCGAUGGUUGGGAUGUUAGCUCGUCUAUUGUGUUGAAGAGUGGAGGUAUGUCUCUUUCUUACACUUUGGACACUGGAAGUUCUGUUACUUAUACAUUCAAUCUGACUCCUUCUGGGGCUCCUACUGAACCUCUUCCUACUGAGGCUCCUACUACUCUUCCUCCCACUGAGGCUCCUACUACUCUUCCUCCUACUGAGGCUCCUACUACUCUUCCUCCUACUGAGGCUCCUACUACUCUUCCUCCUACUACUUUGCCUCCCACUGAGGCUCCCACUACUCUUCCUCCUACUGAGGCUCCUACUACUCUUCCUCCUACUGAGGCUCCCACUACUCUUCCUCCUACUACUUUGCCUCCCACUGAGGCUCCUACUACUCUUCCUCCUACUGAGGCUCCUACCACUCUUCCUCCUACUACUUUGCCUCCUACUGAGGCUCCUACCACUCCUGCUCCCACGACUUUGCCUCCCACUCCUGCUCCCACGACUUUACCUCCUACUGAGGGUCCUACCACUUUGCCUCCUAUUGAAUGUGGCGAGAGACAGUUCGCGGUUACGGUUACCCGUACUUGUGGAAAGUUUGGAUCUGAAGAAUCGGUCAGCAUUUAUGAAGGAACUAUUUUAUCUGGUAAUCCCGUUUAUCAGGAAACUACUUGUACUGCUGGUACCUUCUAUUUCUGCAUGAGACCUAUGCAGCAUACGAUUGUGUUGACGGAUAGCGCUCGCGAUGGUUGGGAUGUUAGCUCGUCUAUUGUGUUGAAGAGUGGAGGUAUGUCUCUUUCUUACACUUUGGACACUGGAAGUUCUGUUACUUAUACAUUCAAUCUGACUCCUUCUGGGGCUCCUACUGAACCUCUUCCUACUGAGGCUCCUACUACUGCUCCUACUACUACUGCUCCUACGACUUUGCCUCCUACCACUCCUGCUCCUACUACUCUUCCUCCCACUGAGGCUCCCACUACUCUUCCUCCUACGACUUUUCCUCCUACUGAGGCUCCCACUACUGAUCCUCCUACGACUUUGCCUCCUACUGAGGCUCCCACUACUCUUCCUCCUACCGAGGCUCCUACGACUUUGCCUCCUACUACUCUUCCUCCCACUGAGGCUCCCACUACUCUUCCUCCUACUGAACCGAUUCCUGAGUGCGGAGAGGACAAGCUAUUGCUCGAAAUUGUUCGUGUGUGUGGUACUUAUCCUGAAGAAGAACGAGUCGAUAUUUAUCAGGGAACAGACCGUCCGUUCACUGGUACUCCUCUGUACAGUGAGUCUGUAUGCACUGCUGGAACUCAUUAUGUGUGCAUCAGCCGUGUUGCUCACACGAUUGAGCUGCGUGAUUCUGGCUAUGAUGGAUGGAAUGGUAAUUCGCAUGUUACUUUGAAGAGUGGUUACAUGUCUAUGACUUACACUUUGACGGCUGGAGGUUCAUAUGCUUAUUACACUUUCGAUAUGACUCCUACUGAGGCUCCUACUGAACCUCUUCCUACUACUGCUCCUACUACUCUUCCUCCUACCGAGGCUCCUACGACUUUGCCUCCCACUACUGCUGCUCCCACGACUGCUGCUCCUACUGAACCGAUUCCUGAGUGCGGAGAGGACAAGCUAUUGCUCGAAAUUGUUCGUGUGUGUGGUACUUAUCCUGAAGAAGAACGAGUCGAUAUUUAUCAGGGAACAGAUCGUCCGUUCACUGGUACUCCUCUGUACAGUGAGUCUGUAUGCACUGCUGGAACUCAUUAUGUGUGCAUCAGCCGUGUUGCUCACACGAUUGAGCUGCGUGAUUCUGGCUAUGAUGGAUGGAAUGGUAAUUCGCAUGUUACUUUGAAGAGUGGUUACAUGUCUAUGACUUACACUUUGACGGCUGGAGGUUCAUAUGCUUAUCAUACCUUUGAUAUGACUCCUACUGAGGCUCCUACUGAACCUCUUCCUACUACUGCUCCCACUACUGCUGCUCCCACGACUCUUUUCCCUGAAUGCAGCGAAGACCAGCUUUUGCUUGAAGUCCGUCGUACUUGUGGACCUUCUGGUGAAGAAGAAGGAUUUGAAAUUUAUGAAGGAAAGGAUACAAAUGGAAAUGCUCUUAUUGCUCAGGCUUCUUGCACAACUGAGGUUCGAUACUUGUGUGUCAAUCCUGUUGAGCACACUUUGGUGAUGCGUGAUUCUGGCCUUAAUGGAUGGUCUAUGGGCUCUAUUUUGAUUUUGAAGAGCGGAGAUCUUUCUCUGGAAUUUGUAAUGGAAAGUGGAUACCUUCAAACGAACUCGGUCUUCAACUUUGGUAUGGCUUACACUGAAUUCCCUACGACUAUGGCUCCCACUGAUGAUACUCAAGAACAGUUCCAAAUCAUGUUGAUUCGUUCUUGUGGUAACUCGUCGGAUUCUGAAGGCUUUACGAUUUAUGAGGGAGCUACGCGUGACCAUGCUAUCUAUAGUCAGACUACUUGUGCUGCUGGUGUGGUGAACCUGUACAUCACUCGCGGUCUCUACACGAUUGUGAUGACGAAUUCGAAUGAACAGGUUUGGGCUGAGAAUUCGAUGGUUCGUAUUUUCUACGGCAGUUUGCUUGGAUCGUACAUGAAGGUUGUUGUGGGUGCUGAAGAGUCUGCAGUGUUUGCUCUUCCUGAAGUGAUUGAGGCUGGAGCUGCUUGGAAAUACUCUUCGGAGGCCAUGGUGGGCACGAGCUGGACCACGGAGAAUGUGAAUUGGAGCUUGACCUCGGAAUACCCGGCUAUUUCUUCGAUCACGCGUUACUUCCGUCAGAGCUACACGUUGUUUGGAGCUGGAUUCCGAUCUGUGAUCAUCCAGGUCAAGACGAACGGUGGCUUUGUGUUCUAUGUGAACGGAAUCGAGGCUUCUCGCUUCAACUUGCCCGCUGGAGAGAUUACUGCAACGACGCAGGCUACCGAACUGAAGGAGAGCAAUGUGUACCGCAUUCUCCGCCUGUCUCUGGACGCUUAUUCUGCUGUGAAUGGUGUGUAUGAAUUCGCUGUGGAAAUGCACGCUGCUGAGGGUCAGAUUGGUCAGGCCGAGCACUUCGAGUGCUCUGUGGAGUUCACGAUCUAUGAACAAUCGCUGGUUGGAAGCGGCCAGGCUACUUCGAACAUGGCGGGUACUACUACUUACACCAUUCAGAACCUGUUCGAUAACUUGAUUUCUACCAAGUACCGAGCCGCUGUGACGAGCUCGAGUUUCCCUGUGGAAGUGACCUACACGUUCCCCGAGGGCGAUGCGAACACGAUGAACAAGUAUGUGCUCACCAACGGCGAUUCGACGGCUGCGGCUUGCAACACGUGGAAGAUCUUUGGUAGAAAGAACGAAAGCGACGAAUGGGUGAUGCUGGAUAGCCAGGAUAGUGUGGAGUGGUCUACUGCCGCUCAGUCCUUGACCUUCACCCUGAGCAACGUGAAUGCCUACAAUGCCUACAUGUUCCAGUGCAGUGCGGUUGUGAAUAUUGAUGAUACCUAUUAUGGAGGUCAGCUGGAUAUGGCUGAAUGGAGUCUGAUUCUUGCUUAAAUACCGUGAAACAGGGAGGAAGCUAUUGAUUGAUAUAAAUGUUCAUAAUAUA